CAGAGGGAGCGGCCGAGUGCUCAGCUCAGCAAAAAAUGUCGGGCGGCGAGGGGUCGGCCGCCGCCGCGGAGCGCAAAUUCGCUGCCGAGGAGUACGACCCCGCGGAGGCAGCGGCCCAGGCCGCGAGCACGAGCCACGGCCUCGCGGCCUCCGACGGACCGCCUCUCACACUCGCCGGCGAUGGCCUCAGGAGGAGAAAGGUCAUACACGCCGCCAAAGAGACCCUCGACAAGGCGUCUCGCCUCCUCAGGCGAAAAAUACCAUGUACUGGCCACUUAAUGACCCCCCGCCGCCUAUGGAUUCAAAAAGUUCCCACACAAGAAUGCGAUGUAGUGAUGGCGUUUCCGAGUGGAAGCAGCGACGACACGUUAAUGUGGCUUCUGCAACGCCUGCGGGCUGGAACUCCGGGACUUGUGGUGCACGUGCGACAUCACGCCUCGUCAGAUAGUUACGGAUUCUAUCUGACAGCGCCGUAUCCUGUGCUACUGAAAGCCGCGGAAGAGGUGCACCUGCCGAAACGACUGCGCUCGGAGUACGGCGGUGGACUAAAAGAAUUCGUCGGCUCGGAAGCGACGUACUUCGAGGGCAACGACGACGAGACGCUGUUUUUUACGACCCAGGAACGCCAAUCGCUAAUGCUUUAUCUGAUGCACACGCUCAGGGCAGGACCGCACGAUCUCAACAGUUUGCCAGGUCUCAAGCUCGUCGAAGGCCAAGCGAUCAUUCCUAAAUGUCUUUCUGCGGGCGUCAUUUCACAGGUAUUCCCGUUGCACGAAUUACCGGAAUUGGAGAAGCUACAGCGGACGUGGGUUCGGGCGUUUCUGAGUCCGCAGCCCCUUGACGACAUUGCCAGGUACUUCGGCGUCAAGAUCACAAUGUACUUCGCGUGGCUGGGCCACUAUACCACCGCCCUCAUUGUUCCAGCUGCUGUGGGUGUCAUAUACUGGGUCGGCAUCAUCGGUAGGAAUCAGGCGGUGGAGGACGUAGCCUACGUGCUGUUCUCGAUUUUCAAUGUGAUAUGGGCAACCGUUUACCUGGAAACGUGGAAACGCAGGGGUGCCGAGCUCGCUUACAGGUGGGGUACUCUCGACCAGAGAGACGACUUGUUGGUUGAGCCCAGACCAUUAUUUACGGGAACUCUUGAAGUAUCACCAGUCACGGGGAGACUCGAGCCAACGUAUCCCAGGUGGAAAAGAAACAUGUUUCGUUACUUCGUUAGCGUGCCUAUCGUUGCCAUUUGUUUAUUCUUCGUUUUCAUAGUUAUGAUAGUCAGCUUCCAAAUUCAGGACUGGUGGGAUGCGAAACUUGAAGCUGCUGGUCAUGGAUUUUGUCUGAGUUAUGUACCGAAGGUGCUUCUUGCUAUUGUGAUUGCAUUGAUGGAUGAAGCUUACUUUAAAGUUGCCGUUUGGCUGAACGACAUGGAAAAUUAUCGCCUUGACACGGAGUACGAGAACCAUCUGAUCUACAAAGUGGCGCUGUUCCAAUUCGUCAACUCUUUCCUGUCGUUAUUUUAUAUUGCGUUUUACAUCCAAGAUCAAGAAAGACUUAAAGAGCAAUUGGCGGCCCUGCUGAUAGCGAGACAAGUGAUAGGCAAUUUGAAAGAGUCGGCGGUACCAUACCUGAUCGAACAAUUGCGGUUGGCAAGGCUGAGCUUUGAGAUGUUUGGCGCAUUGAGUCCAAGCGAGGCUCGAUCGCCACCGGGCGAGCCAAGCAACGAAUCCGAAACGAUGAGCGCCGCGUCGAGUCCAUCGCAUGACGAUGACAAGGAGCCGAGGAUCAAGCAGCCGAGGAACGUCAGCCAGGCAGAACUGGAAAGCUCCCUCUAUAGAGUAGGGCAUCCAACUAAUUCGCUACUUAGUGACGUUGCUUUCAAGAGAAAGAAACGCACAAAUUUGCAGUACGAUGGAGCAUUUUCGGAACAUCUGGAAAUGCUGUCUCAGCUUGGCUACGUCUGCCUCUUUUCGUCCGCAUUCCCCUUGGCGGCACUUGCCGCAUUGUUAGGCAAUCUCUUAGAGCUACGGGGUGAUGCUUUCAAACUAUGCUUCGUCCUUCAACGGCCCUUCGGAAGACGAGUAUCGAAUAUCGGAACUUGGCAGAACGCCAUGGAAACGAUGGCACUGGUGGCAAUAUUGGUGAACUGUGCGCUGAUCGGUCUUAGCGGGCAAGUACAACGAAUGUUUCCGGAGAUGUCGGCAACACAAACGAUAUUGCUUAUUGUUGCACUCGAGCACAUUAUGUUGAUCAUACGAUUUGUCAUCGUUUGCGCGAUACCCGACAUCCCCAGUUGGGUUGCCACAGAGAUGGCAAAGGUCGAAUUUUUACGUAGAGAAGCAGUCAGUCGACUCUCCUCUACGCCAUCGCCGUCCGAACACCAAUCGUCGACCGUCAUAGAAAAGGAUGCUAUAGUCUUUAGGAAAGACGGUGCCGAAGGCAACGAGGACGAGCGCAAGCAGCAGCAACAGCAGCAGCGCAGCGCCGCCGAGGAACUAGCGAGCGCGAGGAAACUGAGCUACCGGGGUAGUCAAUCGGAAACGCCAUCGAUACCAGCGUCCUCGCUCGCGCCCAGUGGGGCCGGCACGCCAGUACCAAGAAUCUGCGAGACGCCGACCCGGCCCUCGGCUGAGACUCCCGGCAGCACUGGCAGCGAGCACAGCAGUACCUUCCUCAGCGAUACCGUGGUCAGGGAUAUCAAUAUAUGCUCCAUUCCCAGGGGCAGUAUACCCGGAGGUGAAAAAGGGCGACGGACGAGAGAAUGGCUAACGAGCGAGCAAGAUUCGACGGGAAGCGGGGAAUACGGGCAUCACCUGACGAUCGGACCUCACGGCGGUAUCGACUGGGUGAGACGGCUGGGCUUGGAAACUGGUGGGAGAAAAUCCAGCGACUCGGAAAUUAGCGGCGUAGGCACGGGAAGUAAUAGCGGCGAUGAGAUGGCCCUGCACCGAUCCACUGAUUGCGUCGCUUCCAAAGACUAUGCUGCAUCUUCGGAAAGCGAUCUACUCCGAUCAAUUCCACCUUGGACUCCGUCACCUAGAAAUCAAAAGUUUCGUGCCUCUCCCGAACGAGAAAAAGCUCGCGAAAAAGAAAAGCAACAGCAGAUACAGCAGAUGCAACAGUACCAGCUGCAUCGGGAAUCCGUUCAAGAGCAUCGCGAUCGACAAGCGCAAAUGGAGAAGGAAUCCAGUGGAGCAGUGUCAGACUCAAGCAGGACGACGUCUAGCCAAGAAGAUGAGAAGGCCUCGAAGGAAGAACGCGAAGCCAAGAAAACGAGAGUCAAGCAAAGUCUGAUGAAGAGGGCGAGAUCCGUCGCAAUAUUUUCUCUUAAGUUAAAGGAACGAAGAGCACGGGAGGCGGAAGUGAAAGCGAAAGAAGCAGAGAGGGAGGCUCGAUGGCAGCAGCCCCAGUCAAUGGUCGGCGGAGAGCUGUCGUGCAUUCCCAUCGAGCAGCUUAUAUCCGUGGACGACAUUGCAGCUAUGGAGAUGCGCCGAAUGAACCAUUAGUUGUCGAUGCUUCGUGUGCUCCUGAGCGAAUCUGUCGUUGUAUCUCCUAGGAAACGUUAUGCAAUGUGCCGACACGUGACGCCCGCUGGUCGUUCGCGGACGUCCGGCAGAUUUUCAUUAGGAAUAGUCUCAUAAUGCCUUUUUAUUCAACUUCAAUGUUAUCAUUUGCAUAUUCUAUUUUUAUAAAGAAAAAAGAAAACGGAAAUGAGAUAUUCGCGCGCUGAUCCAUCAUGUUCACGUCCUAACAGUUAAGUUCAAAGCAAAUUGAUUCUAAUGCAACAAGCUCAUUGUAAUGUCGAUACCACACGUUUUUCUAUAUACAUUCUGUAAAUAAUGUUUUUAAACUCUCUCGAAUAAAAAAGAUUUUAUGAGACUUCCCCAACGAAGCGCGAUGACCGCAGCUGUGCGCAAGCGCGCCACGCCAAUUCGCAGCGCGCGUGUUUACACACCAAAAGGAUUUGAGUGUUACGCAACGAAAAUAAAGUAUAGCAUUAUAAGCUGAACGCUACAACAUCGCACCUUGUUUCUUUUUCGUCCUCCCGUACCGUGUUUCGACUUGACAAUUUAGGUUGUUGUGUUUAGCAACUGCACGAUAUAAGUCAGUAUUACGGAUAGUUAUUGUGGCCCCACUCAGCAGCAGGUUCUUUGUUCAAUCUGUAUAUUACAAGCAAAGCAAUUACAAACACCAACGACAACACACACUGCUUCGUGAUUAUGUUUUUCCUGCACUUAUCGCAAUGAAACUAGAUAAGGAAACGCAUUGGCAUCAACGAGACGCGCUUAUUUUUAACCAAUACAUUAUGCCUUUUAGGCCGCAAUUAUAUAUAAAGAUGAACGGAGUGAAAAGUAAGUAACGAGAGAAGAGCAAGGAAGUUUGCUACUGACACAGCGUAAUUGUUUACCAAAUCAUCAAAGCAAAUAAAGUAGCGACGUUUAUUACAUUAAGCCUUAUUUUGUAAAGCCGUUCACGUGAAUAACAAUGACUCUAGCAUGUAACUGUUUUCUAGAAUUGCGAUACUAGGAAGGUCCACGUCGAUCGUGAAACAUAAUUGUUAUCGUUGUUAAAUUAUAAGUUGUUAUCCGAUGUUAACUAGAUUUUUCGAUAUAGAGGUCUCUGCUCGAGAAAAUUGAAAGUGACAUUUUUUAAAGUGCAUAUCGAUGACAUAUUCAAGCGAGGUUUUUCAGUUGUUACAUGUAAAUGGAAUAACUUAUUGCCCUGAAAGCUAUUCCAGAAUUAGCUUGAAUAAUUUGAUGGAUUGGUCAAUUGUUAUUAAAAUUUCAGUUUUUUCAACGGUGUCAAUAAAUUUAUACAUAAUUAAUAAGUUCAGAUAAUUUGUUACUUAAUGUUUUAGAGAUGAAUUCUAGUUUUGAUGUUAUCUUCCAUAUAAUUUUCAUUGCACAAGGUUAAUAUUAAUUUUAUAUUCAUUUUAAAAUUAAAAUUAAUUUUCAAACGACUUCUUUGGUAAAGAAUGAGAUUACCAGGGUCCGACUCUGUAAAUACAAUACUAUCAUUAGAUGCGUAGAAGUCAUACGAUUUUGUAAAAUUUAUUGUACACGGCCUAGCAUACGCGUAUUCUCGCUCUCUGAAAUUCUUGCUCUCUUUCUCUUUUUCUAUCUCACGAGCGACCUCUCGAUUGCUCAUGAAAUUGAAUAAAGUACAUCACGAUCACAUAGCUUCAAAUAAAAGAUCAAAUUCAAGGCAUCGUCUCUUAAAUCUUCGUUGAUCAAUGAUAGUUAGACUUAGAUAUAUUUAUAUAGUAACUUCUUGUAAAGUAAUACUCGGUAAACAUGCAGGCGAAAGCAGCAUCGAGCACAACUGAUAAAACAUUAUACAUUCACAUCCGCGCACGCACACACACACACACACACACACACACACACACACACACACACAAACGCAACUUUAAAGUAACACUCUUCCGAUGCCUGACUCAAUGUAUAGCUGUAAAUCGAAAAAACGAUAGUGAAUAAAUUUAGUCGCUUUCUUAUUGCAUAAAUCGAGUGGGGUUUUAAGGCAUGGUCCAUAAAGUACAUAUAUGUGUUUGUUAGAUGUUUUGUAUAAAAGAACAAAAAAUCUAUUAAAGUGAAAAUAAAUUCAGUAAUCGGCAUUUUUUUG